AUGGCCACGUUGAAGGAGAAGAGAACCUGUGGGCAGAGAUGUGAAGACUUUGGCCGUUUUGUCUGGAACUCCGACAAUGGGACGCUUAUGGGGAGAACUCCAGAGAAAUGGGUGUACAUCAGUCUGUAUUAUGUGGCCUUCUACGUGGUGAUGACGGCCCUCUUUUCUCUGGCCAUCUGGGUGCUCAUGUACACCGUGAGUCCAUACGCCCCUGACUACCAAGACCGACUAAAAUCUCCGGGGGUGAUGGUGUGGCCGGACACUUACGGAGAGGAGAUUGUUGAGAUCAGCUACAACACAUCAGACAAGGCCAGCUGGAUGAAGAUGUCCAACAUCCUUCAUGACUUCCUGAAGCCUUACAAUGACACCAAGCAGCUUGAGUGUAACAACUAUAACUGCACUAAGGGAAAGUACUUCAUCCAGAAAACCUUCUCUGCCCCUCACCACACAAAGAGGUCAUGUCCUUUCAUGCAGAGCAUGCUGGGAGCCUGCUCAGGACUUGAGGACCCAACCUUUGGCUACAACUGCAGCAUGCCUUGUGUUAUUAUUAAGAUGAACAGGAUCAUUGACUUUUUGCCAUCUAAUCACACUGAUCUUCCCCCAUAUGUCAACUGCACAAUACUGGAGGGACAUGACAGUGUGGACAAAAUUGAGUAUUUCCCUGACAGAGGAAUCAUGGAUCUCUCUUACUUCCCUUAUUAUGGAAAACUGGCUCAGCCUACUUAUGUCAACCCACUGGUGGCCGUUCGGUUCAGCCUGGUCGGAAAGAAGCAAGCCAAGAUCCAGUGCAGAGUCGUCUCUGACAAGAUCAGCUACGAAAACUACCACGACCCCUACGAGGGAAAAGUCAUCUUCUACCUCAAAGCAGUGAAAUGA